CCCAAGGCGGAAAGCCGAUUUUUCCUUUACCAAAUUUUUGUUUUUUAGGGAACCAGUAAGUAGUACUUCGUACAUUAGGGAAAAAAUGUCCAAAGUCCAUCUUCUUGAUUAUGUAGCCGGGAAUGUUCGAUCGCUUGUCAAUGCUGUGGAAAAGUUAGGAUAUCAGGUUGAAUGGAUUCAAUCCCCUGAAGACGUGAAGAAAGCCGAAAAAUUGAUAUUGCCUGGCGUGGGACAUUUUGGCCACUGUGUAACUCAGCUUUCAAAGGGCGGAUUCCUUGAACCCAUCAGGGAACACAUACAGUCCGGCAAACCAUUUAUGGGAAUUUGCGUUGGCCUUCAAGUGCUAUGUCAGGGAUCAGCUGAGGCUCCUGGAGUCAAAGGAUUGGGCCUAGUGCCGGCGACCUUGACGCGAUUCAACUCUUCAAACAAAAGCGUUCCCCAUAUUGGUUGGAAUUCAGCACAGUGCGAAAAAAUCAGUCAAGGCAGUCCACAGACAUUUUUCGGUCUGAAUCCAGAGAGCAGGUAUUAUUACGUGCACUCAUAUGCAAUUCCUUAUGGAGACGGUCUGCUUAGCAACGGCGAAUGGGCCGUAGCUACGGCCACGUACGUAGACGAGACCUUUGUUGGUGCUAUAAGUCGAAAAAAUGUCUUUGCUACUCAAUUUCAUCCGGAAAAAAGCGGUGCCGCUGGCCUGCGCACAUUACACGCUUUUUUGGCCGGGGAAAAUGGUCUUGUUGGGUGUUCACCAACGUUGCUUGUGCCCGGGGACCUCACACGACGAAUAAUUGCUUGCCUUGAUGUUCGAGCCAACGAUGAAGGUGAUUUGGUGGUCACAAAAGGAGAUAAAUAUGAUGUGCGCGAGAAGAAUGACGACGCCGGCCGUGGCAAGGUGAGGAAUCUUGGGAAGCCAGUUGAUAUGGCAAGGAAAUAUUAUCAACAGGGCGCAGACGAGAUCGUUUUCUUGAACAUUACGUCCUUUCGCAAUUGCCCGCUAGCCGAUGCGCCGAUGCUUGAAAUUCUUCGCCAAACAGCGGAGACAGUCUUCGUCCCAUUAACAAUCGGUGGGGGAAUAAGAGACACUGUUGAUACUGACGGCGCAUUUGUUUCUGCGCUGGAUGUCGCAACAAUGUAUUUUAAAUCAGGAGCUGACAAGGUCAGCAUUGGCUCAGAUGCGGUGAUUGCGGCUGAAAAAUACCAUGCAUCGGGAAAACGGCUUUCUGGCACUACAGCCAUCGAGACGAUAUCAGGUGCGUACGGAAAUCAAGCCGUAGUGGUUAGCGUGGACCCGAGGCGCGUGUACGUUUCAAGCCCAAGUGAUACUCGGCACCACACAAUCUGGACAGAGUACCCAGAUGAUCGGGGCAAUCGGUACUGCUGGUAUGAAUGUACCAUUAAGGGAGGCCGAGAAGGGAGGGACAUCGAUGUCAAGGAAUUAGUUGAGGCUGUGGAAGCCAUGGGUGCUGGAGAAAUAUUACUAAAUUGUAUCGACAAGGAUGGUUCAAGCAAUGGGUUUGAUCUUGAAUUAAUAAGAGACGUGAAGUCAUUUUCGACGAUACCCAUCAUCGCCUCCAGUGGUGCCGGUAGUCCAGCUCAUUUCAAAGAUGUUUUUGAACAAACUACAGCCGACGCUGCUCUCGGUGCUGGUAUGUUUCAUCGUGGUACAUUCAGUGUUUCUGAGGUUAAGAGUUACCUUCAAGAAAAUGGGCUUGUUAUCCGAAGCCUUGACAACCUGGGCACUUGAUCUUCAACAUAGAGAGGCUGUUAAUGGAGUGAUUCCGUGAAGUGAAUUUGGUGCACGCAUACAGGAUUCAUCCUCUCCAUUUUGAAUUGCACAGAGCCCAAGUUCAAGAUAUAAAAUCAAACUGAAAGGGUUCGCGAUGAUUCAACCUCAGGUACUCUGUUCCCUCACAAUCCAACAGGCACGUUGUGCUGGUAUGGCAUCACUUAUUGCAGUCUCAACGGCUUUGUGUUGGGAAAAUACACUGAAAGUGUCCAAUAAUAGGAGCUAUUCCUACUUUAUCAGUACUCUAUUAACGUCAUUCCACUUUUGAACAAAGACUGGAAGUAGCACCAUAAACCAUGAUAAGCUAGGGCAUGCCGGUGGCAUCUUAAUAUAAGUAUACAGGGAUAGCAGCCUCACUGCCAGGACUGAUGCGACACCAAAAUUAGCGUGAAUAUACUUUGUUUGACUGAAGCUUGAAGGUUCGCAAAACAAACAAUCAAUCAACAUAUCAAAAUCCAUUUUAGCCAUAAAUUAACACAAAAGACGAUGAAAAGGGAAACCAGUUAUAUUUGUUGUGCUUGUUAUGCUCCCUGAUAAAGCAUUGUUAAUAGUGCUGGGGAAUUGAGCAUUACAGUCAUAUUGAGCCCGGAAUGCUAACUGGGAACUUCAAAAAGGGGCGAAAAAAAAAAAAAAAAAAAAAAAAAACGCGUCACGUCACAAACAAAGCGCCAGAGUGAAUCUUUGGGGAGCCAUCACAGUUCUUCAUGUACUGUGGCCUCAGCUUGCUUCGAAGUAGCAGGUGUUCCACUCUCCGUUGAAGCAGUGGACGCGACGGUCUCAGUUUUCGGUUUGCCAGUAACAUCGCCUCCCUCCUCCACUUGUCCCUUGACAUAAGCAUCAACAUGAUAUUUUCCAUUAUCACGGAUAAAGUUCGCAAGAUCUUCAACAGUUCUCGUUCCGCGAUAUUCCACAGGAGAAUCCUUCGAAUCGGCAGGGUAAAGUUUUAUCGUAGGAAAGCCU